AUGGCUCAUAUCCCUCGUACUGUCGUAGAAAUACUAGAGAAAGUAUCGAGGCAACCUGGAACCCUACAAGACUAUGAAAAACUGUACAUCCUUUUAAAAAAUUUGCCCAGUGCUGAACUUGAAGCUGCUGUUUCAGCAUAUAAUUUGUUGGAUAUUUUCGUAUAUAUGGAUCUUGAUAAUAAUGAACUAUCGGAGUUGGCUUUGAAUAUCGCAACAAUCAUUUUCUCAACUUUUAAUCUGUCAGAAUUCGUCCGCUCUCACGAGACCGAGCUACACUUAGCGAUUUCAUCAAGAAACGAUGCCUUGAGGGAUUUUAUCAUUCUAAGGUUAGCCGAAAGUCUAGAAGGCGCCCCACACUCCGUCGCAGAUGUCCCCGACAGGAUAUUAGUGGAAAUAGUAAAAGUAGCCUCAAACCAUGAUAUCAAAAAAGCCGCGGUCGCAGUGAAGUUCUUAAGGAUUUUCGCUUUAUCCAGUUCGGAUGGCUUGAGAAAACUUCUUGCGAUGGACUCCUUUCGUGAAUGCCUUGCAGAUUCUGCUGACGUUAGCUUAAUUAUCCGUUUCUCUGAGAACUCCCCACCAGAGUUGCUUACACGCAUUCUUAAUGUCCUGUCGGAUGUCCUGCGCCUUCCCCGCUCGAUGCCCGUUGACAGGGCCACACCUCUGGCGCAAAUGACCUGGCUCUGGCUAAGCCGAAUUUCGAAUUCUCCGGCACCGGAAGCCUUCAAAACGGAUGCGCUCAAAAUUUUUGCUAGGAUUUGGACACUUGCUAGAACACCCUUCUACGAUCUUAGACAGUCCGCACUCCUUCUUCUCGAGGCCAUAAUGACGGAACCCUGGGGAAUCACUCUUCUUAUGGAUCAACCCGGUUUCAUCGAAUACCUGCUCAACCGAAGUACGGAGAACAGUUUGGCUACAGAGGGCGCCAGCCUACUACCAGUGAAAUUUGCCAUCAUUAAUCAGGCAUGCAAGACGCAGGAGAAGUGGUGUGGGACGUGCCCACAAUGGAGAGAAGUAGAUGAGGAGACGCUCGCGCGACUGAGGGACUACGUUAGAUGCGGGCCAUGGGGUUCUGUGAGAGCUGAAGCGGCUGUGGCUAUGGAGCAAGGCUAG